AGCGUUUGGGCUCUUCAGGAAGCCCAGGGUUAGCCGAGGUGGGGCUAUGGCCACCACCCGCAACUAUCAGGUGAAAAUCAAAGUUCCAGCGGGUGCCACGCCAGGCACCGUGCUGAACGUGCCAGUCAGGGAAGGCACCGACAAGCUGCGGGUCAAAGUGCCCGAGGACUGCGGUGCCGGAAGCACGUUAGUGCUGCUGCAACCAGAGGGAACAGAUGAGUGGGAACUGAGGGUGGAAGAGGUGGUUGCGCCAAAGGACAGCACAGCCUGAGGGAAGAGAGGAGACUGAUCGCUCACAAAAUCCCCCGGAGGAGCACAGCCUUUUGCCUACUCAGAGGGAAGAGAGGAGACAGAUCCUUUUUAUCCGAAUCCAGAGGCGCCGUUGCCGCUGACGGAGACGGUGAGGUUAAACACCACGGUGGGCGCCAUUGAUGUCCUGAUCCGCCAUGACUGGGCCCCACACGGCGCUCAAAGAUUCCUGGAGCUGGCUGCCGGUGGGGACCUGAACAACUUGGCUUUUUAUCGGGCCAUCCAGGGGUGCAUUGUCCAGUUUGGACUUCCACCGCGGCGGCGGUGGUCUCCCAUUCCAGAUGAUCCGCCGUCAGGCGUGCCAUUUCUUCUGGGGGCUGUUAGCUUUGCAGCAGUAGGUGAGAACUCUAGGAGGUCGACGCUCUUCAUUUGCGUGGGCGACAUGUCGCACUGCCUGGGCAGCAAAUCCUGGGAGACUCCAAUCGGUGCUGUGGAAGAGCAAAGCUUGGACGUGCUGGAGCGCAUUGACACUUCUUAUGGUGACAUUGUGGAGUUUGGUGGCCAGGGUCCUGACACGGGCCGAAUCCAAGCAGAGGGGAACGCCUAUCUUCACAAAAACUUCCCGAACAUGACCUACAUCACCUCAUCGUCAGUUCUCACACAAGGCCAGUCCCAGGUUGGCGUGCCGGAUGUUCCCCAGGCUGGCGCACCACUUGGGCGUGAUCUCCAAGCGGAGGAAGCUGCGAGACAUGCGCGGAGAAGCGCCAUUGAGGCUGCGACCUGGGCAAAGGAAGCAGCUGCGGCCAACGGCGAGCAGAUGAGAGAGGCAGUCAGGAGAGCCCGAGAGGCGGCCAACGCGGCGGAGGCUGCCGCGCAGGCAGCCGAAGCUGCCUGUGCGGCUUCAGAAAAAGUGCCUGGAGCCGCAACAAGGGACCAGCUGAUGCGCUCACAGGUUGCCGUGCCAGUGGCGUCGCAAGUGCCAGGCCCGGCGAGCGCACCCAGGCCGAUGGGUCAGGUGCCGCCAGCUCAUCCUCCGGUGCAUCUCCCGCUGGGCGCAGGUGGAAUUCCAAUGCAAGCCCCGCGGCCACACAUGGCACAGGCUCCGCCCCAAGGACAUGUGAUGCCUGGCGCCAUGCCGCCCGGGAUGCCCGGGAUGCCCGGGCUGCCCGGGAUGCAUCCGAUGCAGGGGGCGCCUGUGCACGCGCAGCCUGGCAUGCCUGGGAUGCGUGGGGUGCCUGGCAUGCCCGGGAUGCCCGGGAUGCCCGGGAUGCCCGGAAUGCCCGGGAUGCCCGUGAUGCCCGGGAUGCCCGGGGUGCACAGCAUGCCUGGCAUGGCUGGCAUGCCCGGCAGGCCACUAAUGGAUUUGACUUGAAGUAUUUAAUGCGACUGGUCUCAGCUGGUAGGAGCGGUUGCGGAUCUUUGUGGGAUGUGUUGCGAGUGCC